AGGGUGUCCUGCAGCCAUCGCUGGUCACUUGGACAGGCCUCGCACGCCAGCCUCUCCCCACCGAACCCAGCAUCGCGUCCGUACCGGGUGCGAUCCAACGGCCGAUCCUUCCCGCGUCUCCGGGCUGCCGCUGUCCCCUCCGCAGCUCCCUCUUGGCCCUCGGGUCGUCUUCUAGGCUUUGCCCGGGUGCAAAUGCUGGAAGCUCAUUUGUCCCUGCUUUGAGGCAGAAACGGGAUCUCUGCCGAGCUUCCCAUGACCGGAUGGGACAGAGGGACCAGGAUCCCACGAAAGGAAGAGCAGAUUAGAGGAAUUCAAGGACUUAAAAUAAAACAGCUUGGAAAAGAGAAAGGUUUAUGGGCUCCUAGCUCUGCAGGCUGUUUUGCUCUGUACCUAGCGCUGCAGGUUUCUCACCUGCGUCUUGCCCUGCCUUAUCUUUCUGCACCUCCCACUGUCCUCGCGACGGCAUCCGAGAGCCACAGCCCAAGCUGAACUGAAAGCGCGCUGAGCCGGCCGAGCACGUCGCGCUGGGGCCCCGGCCUGCACCUCCUGGGAGGCUUUGAGGCCGAUUUUUAGACAAAGGAGCCUGAAAAAAGACGUCGGGGCCCUAUCGAAGGCCCCGGCGUGCUGGCCCGGUGCUAUGCGAUGCUCGCUGAAGCGCUUCCUCACGGCUGCCUUUGCAGCUUCCUUCCUCCUCCUCCUCUUCCUCCUCACGGACAGCUGGCGGGGGCAGGACCUGAAGGAACCUCCGGAGGUGGAGCUCAGGGGCCUGGCCCCAGAUGCGGUCCUGCAGGCGCUGCAGCAAGACAGGGUCCUGCAUGCCCUCCGGGACCUGGACAACCUCUCUGCACUUCACAACGUCUCCUACCACCUACUUGCCGGCUCUCCACCAUCCAACAAGAAGUUCCUGGCAGUGGGACUGGCAUCGGUGCGGCGGCCACGUGGCUACUACCUCCGGGCCACGUUGCAGUCUAUCUUUGAGCAGUCAACGGAGGAAGAGCUGCAGGAGAUGGUGGUGGUGGUGCACCUGGCCGACAUGGACCCGGGCUGGAACGCCCGAGUGGCUGCUGACAUUGCCCGCAGGUUUACUCACCACCUCCUCCUGGGCCGGCUCCUGCUUAUCCAUGCUCCCCGUGAGUUUUACCCCACUCUGGAUGGCCUAAAGAGGAACUACAACGACCCAGAAGAGCGGGUAAGGUUCAGGUCCAAGCAGAAUGUGGAUUAUGCGUUCCUCCUUGCCUUUGCCGCCAACCUUUCCACCUACUACCUGAUGAUUGAGGAUGAUGUGCAGUGCUCCAAGUCCUUCCUCACGGCCAUCCGCAAGGCACUGGCCUCCAGGGAAGGCUCCAACUGGGUCACCCUUGAGUUCUCCAAGCUGGGCUACAUUGGCAAGCUCUACCACUCCAGUGACCUUCCCCGCCUGGCUCGCUUCCUCCUCCUCUUCUACCAGGAGAUGCCAUGCGACUGGCUGCUGAGCCACUUCCGCCUCCUGCUCACCCAGAACGAUGUCAUCCGCUUCAAGCCCUCCCUCUUCCAACACAUGGGCUUCUACUCUUCCUUCCAGGGCACCAUCAACCGGCUGGAGGACGACGACUUUGAGGCCGAUGCCUUGGACCGGCCGGACAACCCGCCAGCGGCUUUGUUCACUGACAUAGCAGUCUUUGAGAACUAUGAGCCCCUCAAGGCUUACAGCACAGCAGAGGGGUAUUUUUGGGGGAAAGCCCCAGCGGACGGCAGCGUCUUCUGCAUCGUCUUUCAGCAGCCGGCCCACAUCACCCGCAUCCGGGUGCGCACAGGCUCCAAGGAGCGCCAGAGUGACUUCCUGCACGCAGGGACGCUGGAGCUGGGCUGGCAGCGGUGGCCCCGUGGCCGGGACUGCUCUGUCUACUCUGCUGCAGGCGUCUUCAAAAAGGGGGUCUUUGAGCGGCGGGGUCUGGAGAAGGAGGUGCCUCACCCUGUCGAGUGCGUGAGGAUACGGGUGACGCAGGGCCAGAGCGAGUGGCUUAUCAUCCAGAGCAUCGACAUCUGGACAGUGUCAAGCACCUGACUGGGGUUGUGACCGGCGUCUGGGGUGGCUGAGCCUUUGCAAGGAUUUUGCACUAUUUUAAGAGGAGCUUUAUUUUACUCAGUCCCUUUUUUUGACGGGGAAUUAAAUUAUUCAGUCCUUCUGCUGA